UUCAUGUACUAGUUCUAUUUUUAUGUUGGCUAGUGAAUGGUGAUUGAUAUUUCAGAGAUGUAGGAGUUUGUAUUUGCAUGUAUGAUGAUACCAAUCCAGUCAGUUGAGAUGGUUGGAAUUACAAGCUGCACUCAUGGAUGAGGGGUGCAGGUCCAACUGUGGUGACAAAAUUACUGUUCUGCAGUCAGCUAAAACCCUUGCUGUAGCCUCGGCCAUCUGCAGGACUGUUACUCUCAGCCAUGACUGCAAUUGUUAUAACUUUAGCCACCACCCACCCAACACAUCUCAAUAAACUAGCACCAGGUGGAGAGGCUAUGGCUCUCCAAUCCUAAUGCAGGUUGUGACACUGUGGUACAGAGCACCUGAAAUACUGCUAGGAUCUCGUCAUUACUCUACUCCAAUUGAUGUGGGGUCGGUGGGAUGUAUAUUUGCUGAGAUGGUGAACCAACGGCCGUUAUUUCCUGGAGAUUCUGAGAUUGAUGAAUUAUUCAAGAUCUUCAGGGUCUUCGGAACCCCAAAAGAGGAUAUAUGGCCUGGAGUGACUUCGUUACCUGAUUUUAAAUCUGCCUUUCCUAAAUGGACUGCCAAGGAUUUGGCAAGUGUAGUUCCAAACCUUGAGCCAGCUGGUGUUGAUCUUCUUUCUUGCUAAACCAUCUCUACAGUCUGGUGGGGUUGCAAAACAGGCUCUUUACUCUAUAGCCCAGUGUGUAGCUGUACUCUGCCUGGCUGCUGGUGAUCACAAAUGCUCAACAACAGUGCAAAUCUUAAUGAUCUACUGCAAAAUAAUAUUGAUCUUAAUGUUGAGAAACAUGUCAUGGACAUUUUCCUUUUUUAUUAAAUGUUUACCUGCUGCUUUCUGCUGUUGCUACCAUUUUUGCUACUGCUUUCUGCUGUUGCUACCAUUUUUGCUACUGUUGGAGGUAUAAAGUGUCUGUUAAGAAUAUUAUCUUCUUUCUUCUAGACACCUGAGUGUUGCGAAUUAUGUUUAGACAAAUUUGGUAACUUGAAUUAAAUAAUUGUCUCUCUUCGCUUAA